AUGUGCGUAGACUUCAAGGGUCUGUACAAGGCAUGCCCCACAGAUAGUUUCCCGCUACCGCGUAUACACCAACUGGUCGACGCCACAGUGGGACACGAAUUUCUUAGCAUGAUGGAUGCUUUCUCCGGUUACAACCAAAUCAAAAUGCACCCCGGUGAUCAAGAAUGUACCACUUUCACAACCGACAAAGGCCUAUACUGCUACAAUGUCAUGCCCUUCGGCCUUAAGAAUGCGGGCACUACAUAUCAGCGGUUGAUGAACGCCAUGUUCGUGGAACACCUCGGCAAGAUCAUAGAGGUAUACAUGGACGACAUGCUCAUCAAAAGCAUCAAGGUAAGCGGGCAUGUAGCUAACCUUCGCAUUAUAUUUUCCAUCCUCUUGGCUUACAGUAUGCGCCUCAACUUAGAGAAGUGCUUCUUUGGCGUCACCGCUAGCAAAUUUCUGGGCUACAUCAUUAGCAAACACGACAAAGAGGCAAUCCUCGACAAGGUACAUGCAAUCCUCAACAUGAAGUCCCUUGAGGAGAAGGUUCAUGUUCAAAGCCUCCAAGACUAUGAUUGCAGGAGGCAGCGAUAUCUCCAUGGUAACUUUAACAUGGGCAAUAGCAUUACUGUUAAACAACAGUCACAAGUUGAAAAGAGUCCAAGAUGCACUAGACACCGUCACACCGAGAUAGGAAGAGACAGAUUUGUGAGUGAGUCGGAUAUGAGCAAGUGGCUACUUUGUCCCAAAGAGUACACGGUUAAUCACAAACUAUGGAAGAUCCAAACUGACAAAAAAAAGUGGCCAGAUGACCCGUUAGGGUUCAAGCCGGAGAGAUUUCUAACCACCCAUAAGGAUGUUGAUGUUAAGGGUCAACACUUUGAGUUUAUUCCAUUUGGAAGUGGAAGAAGAGCAUGCCCUGGACUAGCUUUCGGCAUUCAAAUGGUGCAAUUUACAUUGGCCAGCUUCCUACAUGCGUUCCAAGUUUCUACUCUUCCCGAAAAUGCACCAAUUGAUAUGACUAAGAGUCUUGAGAUCACUAACGUUAAGGCUACUCCACUUGAAGUUCUCAUCAAACCUCAUUUUUCUCAUUAA